AUGGGCUGGCUACCCUGGUCUUCCGGCGAUUCGAAGAACGCAGCUUCCGACGGCGGCCGCAUUGCCCCAGACCGAACGAGUCGCGCGCGUUGCUGGGAAGGACGGGACUUAUUCUUUGCGUGUUUAGACAAGAAUGAUAUCCUGGAUGGAAUUAAGGAGGACAAGAAGGCACGACAGAAGUGCGCGAAAGAGGUUGAGGAGUUUGAGGCUGCUUGUUCGCAGAGCUGGGUCAAAUACUUCAAGGAAAAGCGUGUGAUGGAACACAACCGGGAUAAGACCAUUGAGCGAAUUCAGAAGGAGGAUGCGGCUAAGGUUAAGGAGUUGAAGUCGCAGGGCUGGGGAUCCAAGUAA